UCAUCCAUCAAUUUCCCCGCCCUCCGCCAUCGAACCAUCUUCGCCACUUGCUGUCCAAAGGGUGGGAAUAACACACUACAUAUUACAUCGGCCCUUUAGUGGGUUCACCUUGAUAUUGUCGCGUCACAGUCCAAAAUCAAAGCGCCAUUGAGACUUACAACUCGCUCCGUCAUGGCUCACGGUGCAGAGGAUUGCGCCACGGUACUGGAACAGUUCGUUCACGAUGUUGCGAACUUACCGGCCGAAAUAACACAUUUGAUGGAAGAGAUACAGGCCAAGGACAAGAUCAUCCAAGAAUGUCGUUCAACCAUCAACUCGCGCGAUAGCAGCUUGCAGAAAUUCAUCAAACUCAACGGGAGUCAUGCGCCAAACCCCAAAGAAGAACAGUAUAGCAAGACGAUAUUGCAGAACUUUGAUAGGACUCAGCAGUUACAAGAUGAGAAGAUCCAACUCAGCGAGAAAGCAUGUGUCCUGCUGGACCGCCAGAUUAAGAAGCUGGAUAUCAAGAUCCGUGAUUUACAGAAUGAAGGCGUCUUGUCAAAUGAUCCUCCUAUUCCUUCUUUAUUUCGAAAUAAGGACCAGUAUCGCGAGUUGCCGAAAAUAUUCUUUCCAGACCCUACUCCCUCUGAAUCAACCUCAUACGCCUCUCCACUCAACCCAACAUCGGGAAACGCGAAUACCUCAGUAAGCGCGGUUCAGAGACCAAAUCCCAUCAGUCGUACCGCUAGUGCAACUGCCCUAGCCGUACAGGCCGGUGGGCGAAGUUCUGCUCCUGCCACUCCCGCCGCUACUGCGGUGCAUCUUCAGCAACAACGACAGCGGGAGUCUUCUGCUGGUGCCGUGGAUAAUAAGCGUCGACGCUUAAACGCCUCAUUGGGCACUCUCCCGGCGGCAUCAUCGAACCUCAGACAAUCCUCAUUAGGGCCAGGAACACCCAAGGCCGGGACUCCUGGGUCGACUCGCGCAGGUAGUGCAGGACCGCGGGCGGGUGGUGUGACCAAGAAAGCCAUAACGAAGAAAGUCGCUCCUCACCAGCAGAUCAAGAAGAUAAAAGCCACAUCCAGUCUAAACGGAAAGCAUAUCAAACGUUCAUCCAGCGUCAGUGGUCGCAUAAAGCUUCCAUCCGGUGCUCUCAAAAAGUCGCCCUCAGGCGGAGACGAGGAGGACGAAGACUCUAUUCUCUCGAGCGCCGAUGGCUCUGACUCUGAAGCCGGUAGCGUUUCCCGUGUGCGCAUAGCUGCAGGCUCUGAUGAGGAGAUGGAGGACGAAGAAGAGGACGAGGGUGCCGAAGAUUCAAAGGUCUACUGUACCUGCCGCAGCGUCAGUCACGGAGACAUGGUUGCCUGUGACAAUGAUAAUUGUCCUUACGAAUGGUUCCAUUGGAAGUGCGUGGGAUUGACGCGCGAACCGUUGGGGACGUGGUAUUGCGAUGAGUGUCGGAAGACUUUAGGGAAAUAAAUCCAGCCUCUUCGCAUUCUUCGAUUCCAGAGCUAGGUGUUUGGGUGCAUGUUUUGUGUAUGAUAUAUACCCCUUUUCUUUUCUUUUAUUUACUCUUCUUUAUUUUAGUCUCAUGAGACUUAAAUAGACUACAGAGAUGAACCUGUGCCACUACUCAAUGACAAAUUAAGGAUCCAUUGAGAUCCAUGGGAUUUGUCUCGUCCUCUCUA